UGGAAAUGGCUCAGGUCGCCCUGUGUGUCCAAAAUCUUAUUCACCUUUUGUCUUUUGUACAUUGAUUGUUCCACCGAGCAGGGGAAGACGAAAAAAGUGAACACUCCUGUCGAUUGGCGAAUCUAGAAGUACUUACCAUUUUUUCUGUCUGUCUGUUGAUGUAGCUCCUUGGAUGGGUGGAAGGAGACAGGAAAGUAGAACAUGACCACUUCAGCUGAGAUCAACAUGGCAGGGGCACCGACGAAGAGUUGUGUGGAAAUCGAGGCGGGCGAUUUUCACGAUUUUGCGAGUUUUGACGCAGAGGCCAGCUACCGUGCGGCGCACGGGCGGCCCGUUCCAGUCAGACGGGCAGCUGCACAGGUUGGAUUCUCCUCAGACCCACUUACUGCCGCGCCCCAACAUGUGACUCCGGGCAACUCGUCCGCUGCUGCUGGGAAUAUUAAAUCUAGUAGCGGCACGACAAAGAACCCUGGUGGUCAAGGACUGCAGACAAGUAAAAAUGGUGAUGCGCGUUGUAGUUCGAGCUCCGCAGGCGUGGUUGCUGACCAAGGGCUGGACACUUCUUCGAGUGACGCUGAGCUGAGGAUCGCACCGGGGCCGCAGGGGAUGAUCAGUGCCAGCACCUCGUCCAGUGGCGAGGAAAUAGAGCACUCGACCGGCGCGAAGCGGCGACGGGUCGCAGAGACAGAGGAGGAAGCAAUUUUACGGCGCGUGGCGGAAGAGUUUGCCGCGUUGGAAGCGGAUCAAGACCUGGCCAAACUUGCCGCACAGCUCGAGCCGAACAAGCGCACGACGGACAUCAAGACUCACACCAGACUGAUCCGGCACGUGUUCUGCUUCCUACUGAACCUCUGGCGGCAAAGAAUAGAGAAGAAACCCGACGAGGAGGAAGAAGAAGACGCUGGCCCAGCACAGGAGUCGCAGCUGGACAGCACGACCGCGCUGAAUCGCAAAAAGCUGCUUGAAACCGCGAAGCAACUGCUGCGGUUUUCAAGGCACCUGCAGAAAUUCGGCGAACAAGGCACCGGUGGUGAGGAGCCCAGCAAAAAGAUGAAGCAAGACGUGCUCCCGCUGCUUGCGGAUUUGUGCAAGCGAGCGUAUGAAAGGGACUACAUUGGGGCCAACCAGGUUUAUGUCGACUUGACGAUUGGCCACACCAAGUGGCACCAUGACAUGGCACAUGGGGAGGCCCGGCACAACAAGGGCUACAACCCCCGUCGGAUAAAACGCACGGAGGGCACUGAGUUUAUGGAAAACGAGCAAAUGCAUGAGUACAUCCUUGCGUUCAAGCGACUGCUCGGCCUCGCGGAAAACACACUGCGGCCAUGACGACGAAAAAUAAUCACUCGUCUAGAAUAAAUACCGGAAGCACCAGUGCUCGAACACAGGCACAAGAAG